CGACAGUUGAAGGCGACAAUGGCGUUAUCAUCAUCUUCGCCAAUUCUCACAUUCUCUAAUUCCGUAGCAAAUCGUAAUCCGAGUAAAAUAAAUAGAAGCAGUAAUGCGUUAUCAAUGGUGGUUCGCUCGAGCUACUCCGACGACUCCGCACUUCUCCUUCAAGCUGCCAAACACACUGUUGAUUCGUUUGUGGAGAAUGGGAUGGUGAUAGGCCUGGGUUCUGGUCGAGCUUCGGGCUUUGCUAUCCAGUAUUUGGGGAGGCAGAUUCGGUCCGGAGCCAUUAAACAUAUUACUGGCGUUCCUACAUCUGUUGAUAGUGCAAGUGAAGCGGCAAAAGCAGGUGUCCCUUUGGACCAGUACAGAGACAGCUUCAAAAUUGAUUUGGCAUUCGAUGAUGCUGAUGUUAUGGAAGAAGAGUCUCUUGCUGCAGUCAUCGGACGCCAGAAGAUGCAGGGUGGUGAGUCGAUAAUUGAGGAGAAGACCAUACUGAAAACGGCUGGGAAACUGGUCCUCAUCGUUACAGCAAAGCAAUAUCAAGGUGCUGUCGAUGGAUCCAUUCCAGUCCUAAUUGAAUCUGUCAACUGGCUGGAGACUGCUGAAGAAAUAGAUGACAUAUUUCUCGGUGAUGCUGAGGUGUGGAGAAGAUCAUCUGUGGGGUAUGCAGGUCCAUUGGGAGGCGACUUUCCUAUUGUCACUAAAGAAGGGCAUAAUGUUCUAGACGUAAUCUUUACAUCUCCAAUUCAAAACCUUGCUGAAGUGGCCGAUAGUCUUGACCAACUAGCUGGUGUCGUCGAGCAUGGUGUCAUCUCCCGAAUCCCAUGCACGGCAGUCAUCGCCGCCGAAGAUGGCCUGCGGAUUGUUGAUAACAUUCGCAAGAUUGAAGAAAGUAGAGUUUAAUCAUGUUUUCCAGGAGUGUUGCUGACAGAAAUUACUCUAUAAGCUGUAUAAAAAAGGUAUACAUGCAUUGUCUAAUUUUAGUACUACUAUGGUCUAUGGUUAUGUAUACCUAUUUCUUUAAUUAUUAUGAGUAAA